AUGCCCAUCACAGGGGUGUACUUCGUCCCUUCCAACCCCAAUGCCUCAACGGCACUGGCCACGGUCACCGAGCGCCUCCACACCGCGUUAGCAGAGGAGCCCACCCUCGUCGGCCGGUGGUUCCUGGAGCACAAGCUCAUGCGAGACACGCCAUCAUGCCUUCCAGCGUCUACGCCUCAGCAGCGCCAAGCGCAACCACGAUACAUGCAGUUCCUCUCCCUCUCCUACCACGCCAACCACGGUUUCAUCUACACCUCUGAAUCCACCCCGACUAACCCUCCGGCCCCGCCGCCGCCGCCUACGACAGCCGGAGCAUCCUCCGGCAGCCCAGCAUCAUCGUCAUCAGCCGCCGGUCCCAUGGUGAUGACCACCGUCCCGCUCGCAUCCAGCAGCACCCUCUUCCACCACUUCGGCUACGCCUGCCAACCCUUCUGGUGCCACCGCCACACCGUCACCGUCCCCGGCGGCGCCGUCUACGACGUGGGCGACUUCCGCGUGCGCGUGGGCGACGUGCGCCAGACGCAGCCGGCGGCCCGAAUCCGCGGCACGGUCGUGGAGAUCGAAUGGCGCGGCCCGUCCUUGGUCAGCUCGAUUGCCUCGCAGGCGCUGCUGGCCAAGAAGAUGGGUCCCGGUCCGUACGCCGCCACCGCGACUGUUGACGAGGGGGCAGACGGCGACUCCGGCAUCGAUAUGAGCUUCUUUCCGGACGGGGUGGAGGAGGCGGAUGUGGACGCGGAGUACGCGGCGAGUGCGGCGCUGGUACGCGAGUUCUGGGCUCGGUUGGGCGUCGAAGGCGCGCGCGAGGCAAUCCUGGUGCCGGAUGUCGGCAGGGAGGUCAAGGAGCAACUGAGGUGGCUUAAGGCGCACGGUAUGCAGAGAGAGUCCGAGGAGAAGCGGGAGCAACAGCCGGACGAAGAUCCCGAUCCGACGGCGGGAGUGGAUUCGGCGAGGCAGUUUAUGGAGAUUUUCCGGUUCAAUCGGUGA